UCUAUUAACAUGUAAUGAAUGGACUGUACUCUAAUCUGCAGCGCAUGUUGCAAAGGUAAACAAUAAAAAAUAACCCUUUAGAGGACAAUUGAUACACUAUGUGCAUCCCCUAUUGAUAGUUUAGCUAGUGAAAACCACAACAGGUUGUACUAUCUCAACGGAUGUGCUUUAAUGUCAGGUGCAAAGGUUUGAUUAGCAACUUGCAGGAAGAAGAAAGGGAAAGCAUUUUUUUUUUUUUUUUUUGCUUCAUCACUGUGGUAUCUAAGGUCAACAAGCAGGUGUUGAUAACAGAUGAGACAGCUGAUCCUGGCUUCACUGGAAGUGUGGCUGAAUAUGGUUCCACAGCUACAGAAUGGGCAAUUCUGUGAAGAAAGGGAAGGUUGUCAUUGCAGAUGAGAACCAGGUUACGGGCUUGCGACUCUACAAGGCAGAAGAGCAAUGCAUUAAGAUUCCAGAGACCAGACACUACAAGAUGGAUGGGAAAGAAGAGCGGCAAUGGCGAAAGGACAAGAAAAAGACUGGUCUGAAGAUUCAAAUCCAAGACUUCAUAAGCAGUAGUGACGUUGUGAUCUUCAGCAAGACUACUUGCGGGAAUUGUUCAAAAGUUAAGGACCUCUUUGAUGAACUGAAUAUUCAAUAUUUGGCGGUGGAGAUAAACAAAAUGGACAACGGGCAGGAACUUGAAGAAGAACUUUAUGAAUACACAAUGGAAACGGCUUUGCCCAACGUUUUUGUAAAAGAAAAGCUUAUAGGUGACUACACUGAAGUUAUCCAGCUGUCUAAGGAUGGUCUGUUUCAAAAACUGCUGGAAGAUAAAGAGGAUAAACCCAAGGAGAAUACCUAUGAUUUUGACCUGAUUGUCAUUGGGGGAGGAUCAGGAGGUCUAGCUGCUUCUAAGGAGGCUGCAAAGUUUGGCAAGAAAGUACUGGUACUGGAUUAUGUUACUCCAUCCCCCCUAGGAACCAAAUGGGGUCUUGGAGGAACAUGUGUAAAUGUGGGCUGCAUUCCCAAGAAGCUAAUGCAUCAGGCAGCCCUACUGAGGCAGGCUUUGAAAGAUUCUUCUAAAUAUGGAUGGAAAGUUGAAGAUAAUGUGCAACACAACUGGGAGGUUAUGAGUGAGUCUAUCCAGAGCUACAUUGGUUCUCUGAACUGGUCUUACAGGGUAUCACUUGUAGAAAACGAAGUGAGAUAUGAAAAUGGCUUCGCAGAGUUUGUGGGACCGCACCAAAUUAAGUCAACAAAUUCAAAAGGGAAAGUGAAGUUUUUUACAUCCGCAAAAUUCCUCAUAGCUACUGGAGAAAGGCCACGGUACCUCGGCAUACCUGGAGAUAAGGAAUACUGCAUUACAAGUGAUGACCUCUUCUCACUGCCAUACUGUCCUGGGAAGACACUAGUGGUUGGUGCAUCUUAUGUUGCACUAGAGUGUGCAGGCUUCUUGGCAGGGCUGGGCCUGGAUGUUACGGUUAUGGUGCGCUCAAUUCUACUGAGAGGUUUUGACCAGCAAAUGGCCAACAAGAUUGGAGAACAUAUGGAAGAACAUGGAGUCAAGUUUAUCAAACACUUCGUACCAACAAAGAUAGAGCAGAUAGAAGCAGGAACGCCAGGGAAGUUAAAAGUGACAUCUCAAUCAGCUGAUGGUUCCAAGAUUACGGAAGAAUACAACACUGUUUUACUAGCAAUUGGAAGAGAUGCGUGUACAAGAAAUAUUGGUCUGGAUAUACCUGGAGUAAGGAUCAAUGAGAAAACAGGAAAAAUUCCGGUCAAUGACGAAGAGCAGACAAAUGUGCCUUAUGUCUAUGCGAUAGGAGAUGUGCUAGAGGGCAAACUAGAGCUUACCCCAGUAGCUAUUCAGGCAGGACGCCUAUUGGCCAGGAGACUGUACGGAGACUCAACUUUGAGGUGUGACUACAUAAAUGUCCCAACGACAGUGUUUACUCCGCUGGAAUAUGGCGCCUGUGGUUUAUCUGAGGAAAAUGCAAUAUCAAAAUAUGGGGAGGAAAAUAUAGAGGUCUACCACAAUUAUUUCUGGCCUCUGGAGUGGACGGUUCCUUCAAGAGACAACAACAAGUGCUAUGCGAAAGUCAUCUGCCAUUUGAAAGACAAUGAAAGAGUUGUGGGAUUUCACGUUCUUGCCCCUAAUGCUGGAGAGAUCACUCAAGGAUUUGCAGCAGCAAUAAAAUGUGGUCUCACCAAAGACCAACUAGACUGUACAAUAGGAAUCCAUCCAGUCUGUGCAGAGAUAUUCACUACUUUAAGUGUGACAAAGCGCUCUGGAGGCAGCAUUGUUCAGGCUGGCUGCUGAGGUUAAGCCCAGCUGUUUGUUGUGCUUGCCAUUAUCUUAUAAAGCGAAGGAGAGAACUGGACGUUACUUGAAUACAACACCGGAGUGAGAACUCUCAGAGAAAUCCAUACCGCUACACAGAACAGGAUCUCAUUUGCUUUCAGCGUGGCAACAAGCAAUACAGCUUAGUAACUGGAAAAACAGAUGCAGUGCACCAUGCUGGUGCUUUUGUGACGUCACAGCCUAAAGCCGACUUUGGUGGGCUGUGACUGAAGACCUGCUAGCUCAGUUUCUGGACAGUGAGGGGAGCAGAUGUCCCCAUAUAAUAUUAUUAUUAUUAUUUUGCAAUUGUGAUCAUUUUAUGUUGCUUAAAGGAGAACUAUAUAUCAGUGUUAAUCAAUAAAUGCAUGGAUGCGUUUUAAAUGUAACAAAAUCUUUUCUACAUAAAAUCAUUUCCUGUUUUCUGAUUGGCAGCAGCAAUAUGAACUGAAAUAUGCCGGACAGCUGAGAUUUCCUUUACAAUCAAAUCUGAAAAUGGGUGUGGAUCAUUAGGUCAUCCAAUAUUAGGUCGACAGUCACUAGGUUGACCCCAUACGGUCAACAUGUACGGGCAACAGGGUCAAAAGGUCGACAGUGUAAAGGUAGACACCUGAAAAGGUUGACAGGUGCAAAUGGUCGACAUGGAAAUGACUGAGACAAAAAAAGUCGACAGGAGUUUUUUGGAAUUUUUUGGUAUCACUUUGCACGUUUACCCACGUGUGACCCCAGUUAGUGUACUACACCCUCUCUUCACCGCCAUGCUACAGGCUACUAUUCCCAAUUGUAGUCCACGUGGAUGGUCAAGUAUAAAAAAUUUUUUUUUUUUUUAAAGUGUGUCGAUCAUUUGAACUUGUUAGCCUUAAGCACUAAUUCAGAUCUGUUCGCUCGCUAGCUAUUUUUUUUUAAUUGUGUCGAUCAUUUGAACUUGUUAACCUUAAGCACUGUCAACCAUUUACAUGUUAACUUAUUGUACCUGUCGACCUAAUGCAUGUCGACUUAUUGACUGUUAACGUUAUUACUGCCAACCUAUUAUCCAGAUAUGCUGAAUGCACACCAUAGCAGGAAGCGCUGUACACAAGGGAAUAUUCUCUGUACUGUGACAGCCUGACGUGGGAAGGCAGGUAACACUAUGAACAGAUUCCCCAAUGAAACACUAUUGAAUGUUACACAUGUAGUAGUACAUUACAAUGCGUUUUAAAACGGGUAGGGGACAUAUAUGAAAAUGGAUGCACUGGUAAUUGUGAAAAAAAGAUUCUGUAACCUGUACAUAGUAAUCCUUCAUACAGUAUGUGGGGUGCCAUGUUCUAUACUGAACUAGAAAAUCGAGUGAUUACCAUGGGUUACAGCACCAUUUUUAUUACAGUUAUCUGUGCACCAUUUUCACAAGUAUAUACCAGUAUUUAUUUUAUUGUUAGUUCUCCUUAAGCAUUCAGUUUUUUAUGGGAAUGGUGUAUGUUGAUUUUGUUCAUAAAUUGAAUUUAGCUCUUUCAUACUUUGAACAAGAUUUUUCAAACAUAUUAGUGUAAAUGUGUUAUUCUUGUGAAUAUUUAUUGUAAUGUACUGUAUAUAUUAGUGACGGGAACAUUUUAGACUUCUAAGCCUUCUGUAAAUUAAAAAUAAUGUGGAGUUUAUUAAUAAUAGAGCAAGUGCGCUGUAACCCAGAGCAACCAAGCAGUUACUAAUUGUUCAUUUAUUUCUGAUUUGUAAUGCUAUUUAAAAAAAACAACAACAAAAAAACAAAUAAAGCAAACUUUGAAUUGGUUGUUCUGUCAUAGCACAUUGGGGGUAAUUCCAAGUUGAUCGCAGCAGGAUAUUUUUUAGCAGUUGGGCAAAACCAUGUGCACUGCAGGGGGGGCAGAUAUAACAUUUGCAGAGAGAGUUAGAUUUGGGUGGGUUAUUUUGUUUCUGUGCAGGGUAAGUACUGGCUGCUUUUUUUUUUCACUGCAAUUUAGAUUGCAGAUUGAACACACCACACCCAAAUCUAUCUCUCUCUGCACAUGUAUCUGCCUCCCCUGCAGUGCACAUGGUUUUGCCCAACUGCUAAAAAAAAUUCCUGCUGCGAUCAACUUGGAAUUACCCCCUUUGUGCAUACAUCACUGUUAUAAGCUCCAUUGCUGGAAAGGUCUAGUUUAUGAAAUAAUGAGUUUCACCUUAAAAUUCAUUGUAAAAAAAUUGCACAGUAAAAACCAGUUCUAUUUUGGUAAAUGUAGAAAUGAGUAUUUGUAAUAAACUGUACCUACAUGAUUGGCUGCGCAGAUAUCUUCUGGAAUCAUUGACUGGAAGGACAGUUUUGUAUACUGCACAAGCUAAUCUCUGUCUAGGUACAGUAGUACUAUUAGUAUGUGUUAUUAUUUAUUU